AUCUCUUCUUUGUCUUUCUUUAUAUAUACAAAAAAAAUAUGGCUCCUCCUAAACACGUUAUCAUCAUUGGUGCUGGUGCCGGUGGAACUGCUACUGCUGCCCGUCUUGCCCGUGAAGGCAUCAAGGUCACCGUAGUCGAAAAAAACAACUUUGGAGGUGGACGUUGUUCGCUCAUCAACCACAAUGGCCAUCGUUUCGAUCAAGGUCCUUCCCUGUACCUGAUGCCCAAGCUUUUCGAGGAGGCCUUUGAGGCUCUUGAUGAAAAGAUUGAAGACCACGUCGAACUGCUCCGUUGCCACAACAACUACAAGGUCCACUUUGACGAUGGCGACAAGAUCCAGCUCUCGUCUGAUUUGUCCCGCAUGAAGCCCGAGAUGGAGCGUAUCGAAGGUCCUGACGGUUUCUUGCGUUUCCUUGACUUCAUGAAGGAGUCCCACACUCACUACGAGGGCGGUGUUGAGAUGGCCAUCAAGCAGAACUUUGAGACCAUCUGGAAGCUUAUCCGUCUCCAAUACGUUCCUGCUCUUUUCCGUCUCCACAUCUUUGAUUUUGUCUACUCCAGAGCCGCAAAGUACUUUAAGACCAAGAAGAUGAGAAUGGCCUUUACUUUCCAGAGCAUGUACAUGGGUAUGUCUCCCUAUGACUCUCCUGCUGUCUACAACCUCCUCCAGUACACCGAGUUCGCUGAGGGUAUCUGGUACCCCAAGGGUGGUUUCAACACCGUUAUCCAAAAGUUGGAAAACAUUGCCACUGAAAAAUUUGGCGCCAGAUUCAUCUACGAGGCACCAGUUGCCAAGAUCAACACGGAUGACAAGGGCAAGAAGGUUACAGGUGUAACCCUUCAGAGCGGAGAAGUCAUUGAGGCCGAUGCGGUGGUUUGCAAUGCCGACCUUGUCUACGCCUAUCACAACUUGCUCCCCCCAUGCCGCUGGACCACCAACACCUUGGCCGAGAAGAAGCUCACCUCUUCUUCUAUCUCCUUCUACUGGUCGCUCAAGAGAGUCGUGCCUGAACUCGAUGUCCACAACAUCUUCUUGGCCGAGGCCUUCAAGGAGAGUUUCGACGAGAUCUUCACCGACCACAAGAUGCCUUCCGAGCUCUCAUUCUACGUCAACCUGCCUUCUCGCAUUGACCCCACCGCCGCUCCUCCCGGCAAGGACAGCAUGAUCGUCCUGGUUCCCAUCGGUCACAUGAAGAGCAAGACCAACGAAGCCGAGGACUACACCAUGAUUGUCAAGCGUGCCCGUAAGAUGGUUCUCGAGGUUCUCGAGCGCCGUCUUGGCUUGACCAACUUCAUUGACUUGGUCGAGCACGAGGAGGUCAACGAUCCUUCCAUCUGGCAGAAGAAGUUCAACCUCUGGCGUGGAUCCAUCCUUGGUCUCUCGCACGACGUUCUCCAGGUCCUCUGGUUCCGUCCGUCUACCCAGGACUCCACCGGUCGCUACAAGAACCUGUUCUUCGUCGGUGCAUCCACCCACCCCGGUACUGGUGUGCCAAUUGUCUUGGCCGGAAGUAAGCUGACCUCGGACCAGGUGUGCGACCACUUUGGCGUCAAGGUUCGUCCCUCUGCCAUCACCUCAUCCAAGCGCACCUACGCUCCCGAAGAUUCCAAGUCCUUUAUCUGGGACAUCAUCUGGUUCCUCUUGAUCGCCUUGUUUGCCGCCACCCUUGUCUUAUUCAUCGCAUUCCCCCAGUACUCUGAAGUCAACCAGACUGCUGCCUCAUACAUCAACAACCUCUUGCCCGCUGCUUUCCGUGUUCCUGUUGCUAACCUCAGCUUGACUUCUUAAGAAGGCGACUUGGCUAUAAUUAACAUGUCAUCCUUUUCCUCUCUCUCUCUCUCUUUAUCGAAAAAAAUUCUUCACCUUUUUUUUUUUUUUAUUAUUUUUAUACAGCACUUUUCAUCGCCCUUUUUUUUUCUUCUAUUAUAUCUUUUUAUAUACCGAAUGCAUCUUCUUCUCCUUUGCUUCUCCCAUACAGUAAACAAUACCAUAUUUAUUUUAUUUAAAUAAAAUUUGAAACACUUUUAUUUUAUUUU